UCUGCGGUGUUUCCGGUAUUCAUUGAUGCUUCGGUAAAUGAGCACGGUUCUUGGAGGAAAAAAAAGGAGUAGUGGGCGCCUCAUGUCUCCCCAUUAAAUAUCCUGCAGAUUGCAGCGACAAACGGCGUGCAUUUGAUUGCUUUUUUCUCUCUGCUCAACGACUUGCAAGCCUGGAGUCUAAUCCCGGUUGUGGCUCCGCCGACCGUUUAGGAUCUUGCAAACAACAAACCGUUAGCGUAACUAGCGAGUUUCCCGUUAGCUGCCAUGUCGGGUGUUGUGCGAGGCCCCGCUGGGAACAACGACUGCCGGAUUUAUGUGGGGAAUCUCCCUCCUGAUAUUCGCACAAAAGACGUGGAAGACGUGUUUUACAAAUAUGGGACCAUUCGAGAUAUCGACCUGAAGAACCGGAGAGGGGGUCCGCCUUUCGCCUUCAUUGAAUUUGAAGAUCCCAGGGACGCUGAUGAUGCAGUCUAUGGGCGUGAUGGUUAUGAUUAUGACGGCUACAGGCUGCGUGUGGAGUUUCCUCGGAGCGGCAGGGGCUCAAGGGGCGGGUUCGGUGGGAUCGGAGGAGCUCCCAGAGGCAGAUAUGGACCUCCAUCAAGACGCUCAGAGUACAGGGUCAUUGUGUCGGGACUCCCCCAGAGCGGCAGUUGGCAGGACCUGAAGGACCACAUGCGUGAAGCAGGCGACGUGUGCUACGCCGACGUUUUCAGAGAUGGAACCGGAGUUGUAGAAUUUGUGCGAAAAGAAGACAUGACCUAUGCCGUACGAAAGCUGGACAACACCAAAUUCCGCUCGCACGAGGGAGAGACUGCUUACAUUCGUGUGAAAUUAGACGGUCCCCGCAGCCCAAGUUACGGAAGAUCACGCUCCCGCAGCCGUGGCAGUCGCAGCAGAAGCCGAAGUCGCAGCCCCAGCCGCAGCCGAAGCAAUUCCCGUGGCCGUGGCAGAGGAUCGCCCCGCUACUCGCCUCGUCACAGCCGCUCUCGCUCCCGUUCUUAAACCUUUCUACCACUGAUGUUUUGCUCUUUUGAUGUAUACCUUCCUGUUUUUACCUCCUAUGAGUUUCUCCAGAUGUCAACAAUUGAUUUUUUAAUUUUUGCGUUUCAUGUCCCGAUGUCCUUGUGGAUGAACUUGGUAUGUAGAUGUACCCCCUCCUCCUCUUUCACCCUUUCUCCUGCCCUCUCCAGCUGCUUUGUCCUUUUUUUGUUUUCUCUCUCUCUCUCUCUCUCUCUCUCUCUCUCUCUCUCUCUCUCUCUCUCUCUCUCUCUCUCUCUCUCUCUCUCUCUCUCUCUCUCUCUCUCUCUCUCUCUCUCUCUCCCUUUUCUUUCUGUCCUCUCAAUUUUUGCAACAUUGGGAAUUGUGCUGUGUUGAACUUCAAAAAUGUUGAGCUGUUAUAAGCUGCACUCAAUGUUUUUGCAAGUAUUAAAAAUGUUGUUUUAUUUUAGUUUGUUUAAAAAAAAAAAACUGCUUCUCUCAUUGGAAAUGUGGGGUGGGCUGUUUGGACCUGGAGCCCAAUGCUUAACUGUAUUUUACCCUUCUGUCUUCCUUUAGACAUCUGAAGAGAAGGAUUAAAGUGAUUUGGAAUAAAACCAUUGUGGAGCACAUUUCAUUUGUAUGGUCAGGAUAGGACAUUGAGGAGCAAUCAGGUCGAGGCAAUGGUAUGCUUCAUAUUCCAUAAAUUGAACGUUUUGAUAGGUUGCCAUAUCAUGCAUGUCAUAUUUACCAAAGCCAUAUGUGCUGUACUUUGUCAUUAUAUACAAUUUUGAACAUGCUACUCUGGCUUGUGACAGAAUAUGCAGUCCUAGAGUGUUGUGAUGUAAGUGUAACAUCUUUGCUGUCAAAUGUAAAAGAAAUCUGAAUCACUACUUUGUUGCAAAAGAGUCCCACUUUUAACUUUUAAAUGUCCUCAUUGGUUAAAAUGUUUUAACUUCAGGGAGUGAUAGUUUUUGUGCUCAGUGGCAUUUUUUUUUCUUGAUCUGACAUGAGUGCUCAAAAAUUAAAACAUUAGGCCCAAAAUUCUUGACAUUUUAUUCUAACAGUCUCCCUCUGAUUUUCUUCCUGGUAUUUCAAGGUUUUGAUUGGAGGAGUGGCUCAGUGGAUCCCAAUCCUUGGAGCUGGAUGAGUGGAUCGAUUUAGGAAAGGGAUAGGCAAGGAUGGAUGCUCGGAACGGGAUCAGUUUUCCAGGAUUCAAAUGAGUUUGAUUUCAGAACUAAUUAACAGGAGUCCCAGAGCAACUUUUUUUUUUUUUAUUAGGCCCCCCAAUGCCUAUUUUAAAGUUUUUCAGUGGUAAUGGCUUUAUUUUACAAGAAAACGAAACUGAGGACCAGGAAGUUGGAUCAAAGGAUGGAGUCGUAGAUGCCUGGUAUGAAGGAAUUAAAAAUUGGGGAGGUUGGGAGGGGGUUUAUGUGGGAGUAGUUUGUAUGUAUUAUAUUUUGCUUAAUCUUGUUUUUUCUCUCUUAGCAUUUUCAAUAAAACACUUUCAGA